AUGCCUCAAAUAAAACAGCAAAAGGACAAUCAGGAUCGGCAGUCAAAGAGUCCCGGUAAUGGGCGUGUCCUUAGUAAUGGUAAUGUUAUUCAGGCUAACUUAGACGCUAGAGGUGAACGAUUAAAGGUGGUUGUCAAAUUAAAUGAUGGAGUCCAAAUAGAUUUUCCCGUCCCUACUUCGAAAGAAGUCCGUGAUCGAUUUUUUUAUAAAAAAGCAAAAUCUUCUGAUAAACCGGCUAGACCUCCAAAUAAAUUUUUUAUCUUUCGAACUAUGUUCCAAGGUGCCGUAGACACCUUUAAACUUCAAGUUCCUAUCGUUUCCGGAAUCGCUAGUGAAGUUUGGAGAAAGUCUAGCGUCGAGGUUAAAGAAGUCUUUACAAGACUUUCCAAUAUUGCAAAAACUGAACAUGGUGAAAUUAACCCUGGUUAUGUUUAUAAGCCGCAUAGAAAGCAAUCUCAUGAUACCGCUAACAAAUUCGAUAUCGUUUCUCAUGAAAAAAUGGAUGAUGAUUCCGCCGGUUCUUCUUCGAGCCCUUGUUCGAGUACUCCUUCGUCACCUUGUACUCCCACACUACCAUUAUGGGCUUCUACUUUCCCAACAAAGAACCCUGAAACUCUUCCUCUAUCCAAUUUGUCCAUGCAACAAAUAUCUAAUUUUAAUGUUAAUCCAUUUACUCUUAACGAUCUUUCUCCAAAUUCUGAUUCUUAUCCUGCAACAUUUAUCCAACCGCAACAAUUGACUUAUUUAUCAUUCGGCGACACUACCAUUCAACAAUUCAUGCCUCAUUCAAUGUUGCAACCUCGGUCUAAUUCUUCCACUGAUCAAGUUCCUUUCGUAUCACAUCCGGAUUCUUUUCAGUUUUACCAAUUUUCGACUUCGGGUUCAUCAACUUACUCUUUGACAAGCGACGUUUUAGUGGAUCAAAAUUGUCCUUUCAGAUUACAACCUUCCGAUUACAACAACGAUGGAAAUUCGAUUAUGCGAUCUGUUCCAUUAUCAUAUUCCACGGAAUACUUUAAUCCGAUGCAUCAUGAAAUGACUCAUAUAAAUGAUGAUCCUACACAAUCAUCCGUUUCUCAAUUUCCACAAUUUCCACAAAAUUUUACGGAUAUAGUUCCAGAAUUAGAAUUGUCCAUUUCUGGUCGUCAACACAUUAAUGAUGACGAAGUCGUAUCGCGAUCACAAGAAUCAAUACAAUUGGAACUACCGACUAUUAAUUUUUCUCAAAAUAUCCCAUCGACUAUUUCGCAAACUUCACAAUACAAUAAUGCUCUUUUACGUGACGGCUUUUUCCCUGAUGCUAUGGAUGAUGACGCAAUUGUUAUAAAAAAUUUAAAGGAGGAAGAUUUCAAUUAA